AUGGCCCUGUGUGAUGUGGGGCUUGGUUGCCGAGUGACGGUCCCUGGGCAGCCACCUGCUGUCAGAGGACUCUGCUUGCUCUGCUCACCCCUCAGCUGCAGUCACCCUGGUCCCGCUUCUUCCGUUGCCACCAUGUCACGGCACCUCAACAUGGACACGGUGCUGCAGAACUUCUGGAAGGAGGAAUAUCUGAGGGAGAAGAUGUUGGGCUGCGAAUGGCACCGCAAGUACGGGUCGAUGGUGAAGGCCAAGCAGAAGGCUAAGGCUGCAGCCCACCUACCCCUCAAGCUGCCUACACUGCCCCACAAAGCCCCGCCGUCCCCCCCGCCUGCCCUCAGAGCCCUUCCUUCCAGAGCCCCCAGCCCUGCCCCGGAAGCUCCUAUCCAGUCAGACAUGCGGCCAGCACCGCCUGCCACCCGGGCCCUGCUGUAUGAAGGCAUCUCCCACGACUUCCAGGGCCGCUACCGCUACCUCAACACCCGCAAACUGGACAUGCCAGAGACGCGCUACCACUUCCCCAUCACCAGCAACUUCACGUAUGGCUGGCAGCUGGGCCCCCCAGUGAAGCAAGAACAGGUCUCCUGCAAGAUGUGCCGCAUUGAAUCUUUCUUCCGCAAGAAUGGGGCCUUCGCACUGCUUGACCCCCGGGACCUGGCUCUCUGA